UACGUUCACGCCAAUCAAAACUCAUCAGUCAUCACCAAGCUUCUGUUUUCAUUUGACUCCUUACUUUCUUCACACUCUGCUUGUUACAGUGGAAAUGUGUGUUUAUUCCUCCCAUUGCGUUCGCUUUUGUGUUGCGGGCUAGCCAGUAGCUAACCCCCGGUGCUGUUUGGGUGAGGGGGGGAAGCUCUCCUAUGGCGUCAAUGUACAGCCGAGGGUCGCGUACCCUAAGCAAGGAUGACGUGAACUACAGGAUGCAUUUCCGAAUGAUAAACGAACAGCAGGUGGAGGACAUAACCAUAGAGUUCUUCUACCGGCCGCACACCAUCACGCUGCUAACGUGCACGGUGCUCUGUCUGACGUACUUCGCCUUCGUGAGAGAUGAUGGAAAUCAUGACAGUAAUGUUUGGGUUGGUUUGAUUCUGGUGAUCUCUUUCUUCCUUGUUAUCAGCGUUUUGGCAUUUCCCAAUGGUCCAUUCACUCGACCUCAUCCAGCGAUAUGGAGAAUAGUCUUUGGUCUGAGUGUGCUGUACUUCCUCUUCCUGGUUUUCAUCAUCUUCCUGAACUGGCAGCAGGUUAAACAGUUAAUGUACUGGCUUGAUCCGAACCUGCGCUACGCCAAGAGGGAGGCAGAUGUAAUGGAGUACGCAGUCAACUGCCAUGUCAUCACCUGGGAGAGAAUUCUCAGCCAUUUUGACAUCUUUGCGUUCAGCCAUUUUUGGGGUUGGGGCAUGAAGGCCCUCCUGAUCCGAAGCUACGGCCUCUGCUGGACCAUCAGUAUUACCUGGGAGCUCACCGAGCUCUUCUUCAUGCAUCUGCUGCCUAACUUUGCCGAGUGCUGGUGGGACCAGGUGAUUCUGGACAUCCUCUUGUGUAACGGCGGGGGCAUCUGGCUGGGCAUGACGGUGUGCCGCUUUCUGGAGAUGAGAACGUACCACUGGGCCAGUAUUAAGGACAUUCACACCACCACGGGCAAGAUCAAGCGAGCAGUUUUACAGUUCACGCCAGCCAGCUGGACCUAUGUGCGCUGGCUGGAUCCAAAGUCUUCCCUGCAGCGAGUGAUGGGCGUCUAUCUCUUCAUGAUCAUCUGGCAGCUGACGGAGCUAAACACGUUUUUCCUCAAGCACAUAUUCGUCUUUCCGGCAAGCCACGCCCUCAGCUGGUGUCGGAUCCUGUUCGUCGGCAUCAUCACCGCGCCAACCGUCAGGCAGUAUUACGCGUAUCUCACAGACACCCAGUGUAAGAGAGUUGGAACUCAGUGUUGGGUGUUUGGGGCUAUAGCCUUCCUCGAGGCGCUGGCGUGUAUCAAAUUCGGACAGGAGCUGUUUUCCAAAACCCAGAUCCUCUACGUGAUCCUCUGGCUGCUGUGUUUGGCCUUCAUUACGUUCCUGUGUUUGUUUGGGAUGGUGUCGUGCGCAGAAAACUAUGGCCCAAGAGGAAAGAGAUCGUCCGAAUGCGAGGACGCCAAUUUUGAGUUUUCUGACGAUGCACCGGAAGAUCUUAAAGGAGAGAUUGAAGUGGCAGGCCCAAAAAGUAGACUGAGAAAAAAGAAAUCAGCGAAGCUCAACUCCGUUAAUGGCGUGGAGAACCAGUAGGAAGCACGAGAAGCGGUUCCUGAACUCACUCGAAAGAGCUUCUAACGGGGGCAUUAAGGUAUCGGAUGAUUCGAGGAGGCCCCGCCCCUCCUCCCUCCUGGAGAGACCACUGGUCCAGUGCAGUGUUGUCAGAGCGUCACACCCAUAAUGAACGGGCUGCGUUCAUAAAAGGUGUGUGCAUGUGUGUGUGUGUGUCUACGUACACGUUUUGUGCGCGUGAAAAGGAGAUAUGAUAAUAAAUAACUGCCAACUUUUAGAUUUAACUGCAUGCCUUGUGUAGCUAAACAUUUACAGACCGUAACUGCCAUUUAUGACUACUCCAGACAUUUCACUAUUUAAAGCCGCCAUGUAGGAUUUGCUCAUUAUCAUUUGAGCCUCUGUGAUUUAUCUUUUUUUUUUUUUAUUAAUAAUAAUAAAAACGCGUUUUCCGUUUUGUUGGUUUUACAAAUGUUUCGCCGAGUACGUUGAUGACCUGAACUUGAAUGUGGGCGGGGCCAAACAUUUUUUGACCUGGAACAGAACAAAGCACACAUUUAACGCACUUUGCAGAAAGUUUGCGCUGAAGAACUGCACAUGUCGAAUGUUUGAGUAUCUUGGGGUUUAUUAUUAGUGUUUUUAACGCCUUGUUUAUGAAUGGCUGCUAUUUUUCUUUUUUUUCUUUUUUUUACCAUGAUGGUACGAAGGACAGAUAAUGAAAUAGUUCAACCAGGAUUGCUGAUGAUCUUGUUACACAUGCAUGGUUGCAAUGUUACACACCACAUGAAAGCCACACAGCAUGAUGGCGGCAUUCUUUACUCCACCGUCAUCGUCAUUUUUAAAUUCACCUUUUGUGCCUGUCUUAAUGUUCCUUUUGUUUCAAUUCUUUCGGUGUGUAAUCAAACUAAUAAAGGGGCUUUGCUAAUUUGCUAAUUUAAGAUUUAUUUGCAUUUCCUGCCAUGGGCAUCCGCUCAUGUGACCUGUUUGCCAAAUUUUGCUUGCUCGUGUUUAGCAUUUUUCAUGUCAAGUUCACUUUAUUUUAGUCUUGCUGUUUUGUCAAAGUAUACAAGCACAUUUGUCUUGAUAUUUGUACAUCAAUGUUGGUGGUAUGAAUACUGCAGUUGUGAUGGCGCUUUGACACUUAUUGCAUUUGUACUCUGAUGCCUGUACUUACAUUAUUUUUUUUUUUAAAUACUUACAUUUUAGGAAUGAUGUGAUAUUCAAGUGAUGAUGCACCUCUAAUGAAAUAUUCCUGACAAAUCUGAUUUUUGAGACCAGCGGCUGGCUUGGGACAAAGGUUUCUGUCUAUGGUACGCAAUUUUUCCUGGAUUUAUAUGUAAUUUGCCUAAAUGCUAACAUCAUGAGAAAUUACUUGUGCCGUUCUAACAUCACUGUGAAAUACUGAACCCCAUUAAAAUGUUUUACAUGUUAAAAA